AUGAGCGUGAUGAAAGCUUCUCAUAAAAGGACGCUAGAUGCACUUCUAAAGAAGGAGUGCAACAAAGUCUGCUGCGAUUGCGGAGCAAAAGGUAGGAAUCAAGGCAAGGACUCAUCAUACAACAUAGCACCUAGAUGGGCUUCUGCAACGCUGGGCUGUUUUAUUUGCAUUCGAUGUUCAGGAGUACAUCGCAACCUAGGAGUUCACAUUUCAUUUGUCCGAUCUGUCUCUCUUGACAGCUGGAAAGACGAGCAUAUUCGAAACAUGCAGCAAUGGGGAAAUCAAAGAGUGAAUGCUUACUAUGAAGCAAAGCUGCCUCAAAACUAUCCUCAUCCGAACGAGCACACUCCAGUGAAUGAAAUGGAAAAGUUCAUUCGCGAAAAAUAUGUAGAAAAGCGAUGGGUGGCAGACAAAGAGGAUGAAUCCGCCUCGAAUCUGUUGAAGCAUGAAGAGAGUUCAAAGAAGAAAGUGGAUAGAGGAACAACAGCUGGAGAGGUUGACUUUCUGAGUCAGUUUCCUCUGCCCAAGCAACCUUCUGUAAACAAUGUCUUUGAUUCCCUCGAAGAUUUCGCCUUUACUCUCCAAUCAGCUGGGAAUGCCAAGCACUUGCCCACUCCUAAUUCGCAUCGCUCCACAGCGGAUACAACUGCUUGGAUAAUGAGCUUAUAUUCUCAGCCUCAGCACUCUUCUCAACCGGUAAGGUAUGAGCGGGAUGAACUCAUGCCGCAACGAUCUUCCCAUUCGAUCGAGUGUCUAAUAUCGCAGCAAUAA